CCAAUAAAUUCCAACGGACUAACAAACUUUAAGUUGCAUCUAGUUGUGAUAAUUUGAUCCAACGGCUAUAGUAUCCGGUCUUGCUUUGGAUCCUGUGGCCAUGAAAUAAUGUCAGUUCUCAAUGUAUUAAAACCUGUACUUAACUUUUUUCAGUUUCUCGUACUCGUCGUUCUUGUUAUCGACUUCCACUUUCAGACAUCCUCUCCCUCUCUGCUCUCUUAUUUCACCGUCAGAUGGAUUGGCAAGGGCAAAAGUUAGCUGAGCAGAUAAUGCAGAUAAUGCUGUUGGGGUUUGCGAUGAUUGCAUUUGUUGCAGGUUAUGUUUUGGGAUCGUUUCAAAUGAUGAUUCUCCUAUAUGCUGGUGGUGUUACUCUCACCACAUUGAUUACUGUUCCAAAUUGGCGUUUCUUCAACCGCCACCCACUCAAUUGGUUGGAUCCCAGUGAAGCUGAGAAGUAUCCCAAGCCACAGGUGGCUGUGAGUUCGAAGAAGAAAGCGAUCAAGAAGUAGGGUCGUUUUAACUUGAUUUUAUCAUCAUUAGAGUUCGCUAGGGGGUGAAUUGAUGUUUUCUUCCUUUAUGUGCAUCAAUGGAUACUGUAAUCUACUUGAUUUCUCCGAAUUUUUUGAACUAUGAAAACAAUUAGUUGAAGAGAGUACUUCUUAUGCAUCUCUUUCCCUUCCUUCUUGACGCCUUUAAUAUGUUACAUAAUUGCUUUGCUAUCAAAUACUGGAAGCGGAGAUGGGAAUUUCUUUUUA